AUGUACAGCCUGGGCACAGAAGCACAGUCUCGGGGCUUCCGCUUUGGCUCAUGGUACAUGGAAUCUCUGAGCCGCAACCUCUCCUGGGAAAACGGCUCCCGCGACAGCAGUUUCCCGGAUUGCAUGAGCGCAACAUCUCGCUCCUGGGGGGCACCACGCUCCUCAACCGAUGGCGUAUAUGCCGAUCUCGACGACAUUAAGUCAUGGUCAGACGCAAUUUCGGGCCUGCGCCCAAGCAGAAACACCGACCGCGUCGAGUCCGAGGCCUUCGACGAUUUGUUUGCCUCUGGCGGCGGCGCUUCCAAGCAGCACAGUCCGUGGACGUCAUUCCACCACAUCCGCAAAUAUCUCCCAAAGCGCCGAUCACCCAUAGAAGCUACCUCGAAAUCUGACCUACACACGUCAAAGCAAGGGCAAGACGAGGGCUUCAUCGACCCCAUUACCAAUCGCCGGGUGUUUAAACCAACCACCACGGCGGCGGCCCUAGCAGCGUCCAAUCUCGAGCAUCAAACCCUCGGCAAGAACACUUUGGCGUCUAGCGCGCGAGAUAUAGACGCCCAAUCUGGCCGGAACUCAGCAGCCAUUUCCAAGACUGAACCGAAGCCGGAGCGACAAAGGGGUCCAGCAAAUCUUCCUUCAGCAAGUCGCGAUGACUCGAUUGCCUCCCGGGAAAGAAGCCACCGGCUGGAGUCUCGGAGGCCCAAUGGAUUUAGCAAGAAUAAGCUCGACGGUUGGAAAGGAUCCGAAGAUUCACUGCAACAGGCUUCGCACAAGGAGCCCAAGCUCUAUGACGACUUGAACCAGGCCUAUGCCAACUUGAACAAGUUCAAUUACGGCUUGGGGAGCAAGAACUCCGCCGAGAACGAUGGCAACCACCCGGCGCAAUCCCAAUCCAGCGUCGAACUGGAGUCGAAGAAUCCUAGCGACCAUGCCAAGUUCAAGUCCGUGUCUGGGAAUGAAUCUACCACUAUUCCACAAAAGCCCUCUGAGGAGCUCUCCAAUGGCUACGAUGAUCUCGAAAAGUAUGGACCUGUGCUCUGGAACGAACCAGAUGGCCUUUGUAAGCCCGCUCCCGAGGAGUCGUCGAAGAACUACCCGGAUCUCGACAAGUACGGCCCAAUCUAUUUCAAUGAGCCGGACGGCCAGCAGCACCGGACCGCGGAUAAGUCAAAGCAGGACAAAGACCUGGACCUGUACAAGAAGCUCGAAGGAUACAAGGUCCCGUUUGGUGCUGACGACGCCAUCCUUGCUGCCCACGAAAGAAGCCAACAGUACACAGACCUGGAUAAAUAUGGUCCGGUAUACUGGAACGAGCCUGAUGUUUUCCGACAAUUGAAUCAAGGCCUGGGCAAGUGCUCGCAUUACGCUGCCACGCCUCUCGCGCACUCUCGAGGGGCGCAUGCUGCCGCCAGCUGCAAAGCACCGGAAAGCCAUCCUGUGGAACAGACGAAGCUGAAGUAUGAAGAACCACCCAAGAAGCGACCUGACUUUGACGCCUCACGCCGCGCCUACGCAGUUGAUCGUAAUGUCACAUCGAAGCUUUACACAGGCCUGUCUCGAGACGGCAGCCGCACGAUUAUCAAUGCGACUAGAACGCCUUUAAGCGCAACAGACCGCUUAUCGGAUAAGCAUCGGGGUCAAUCAGACGGCGUCCGUUGUGAUUCCCUCGGCACCAGUCGGGAGUCGGUGGGUUUCAGGACAGCUGCUGACAUCCGCGCCGACGUGCUUCGCCGGGCGCGCAAUGACGACAAGAAAGCGAAGCUCCAAAAGGCCAAGUCGGAGCACGAGCUGACCUGGGACGCGACAUCAAAGGACGCACAGGACACUCUGAAGCAGGUGAAGAUAAAGACGGAACGAACUCUGACCGGCAACUACGUAAGGGAUUUUCCACAAGAGUUCGCGACAUCCUGGAGCACCGCCAACUCCCCCUCCAAGUCAAGCCUUUCCCCCAAGAACGGCGGCGGCAGCGGGCAGCCGGCUGCGGCAUCGUCCGAAAUGCUCAAUAUGGAGAGAGACGAGGCCGAGCCGAGCUCGAUGGAUGAGAGCUUCCCAAGCGAGGAAACAAAGUUGGAGCCCUCCCUCGAUCGCCGAUCAACGAGAAGCUCGGCGAGAGCGGCCACUCCUCGUCUGGAUACGCAACCAGCAGAGGAGGACAUGCACUCGAGGGAACCACAGGGGCUGGAGACUAAUUACAUGGAGGAAUGCGGCGACCGGCCGGCGCAGCCAGCUUUUGUGAAGCACUACAAGGCGAGGACGCCCGCGGAGACGAAGAAUGUGCCGGGAGAAGCGUCAGCAGAGGGUGAACAGCCCGCAUCAUAUAGGAUACUUGCAUAUGAUGCAGCGACGGGGUCCCUCAGCAUCGCCGAGACGACGUCUGGCGUUGCGGACACACAAACAUGGGCGUCGCCCGCGGCCGUUUUGCCACGCCUCUCGAGCCCAUCGAAGUUCCUCCCGCACUUUGCGCGGCUGCAUGAGCAGGGGUAUGAGAUUGUGGCGGGCGGCGGCGACGUGCUGGUUUUCCGCAAGGUCCGAGCCGCCUCGCCCGAGGCCACCUCGAAGCCCGGUGAGACUUGCCAAGCCUGGGAGGCUCCAGUCAACCCCAUUGACCUGAUGGGCAAGCCUGUGACAGGCAACUUUGCGAGCCCGACGGGGUUUGUCAACUACGAUGCGCCGGCAGGUCGAGACGAUAGCAAGCCGUCACCUCCGUUCCGGACGAGCGGGGGCGCCGCGACCGACGAGCGCCGGGGAGGCGAACACGGCCGCCGGAGGGGGAAGCGCGGGUUCGGACGCAAAGUCGUGAUAGGUGCGGUGUGGGUGACGGGAAUUGCUUACGCGGCGGGUGUCUUGGGAGAGUACUUUGCAACUGGAGGUGUCGACGGCUUGGGGCCCACGGGUUUCUAG